AUGUCGGAGACUGUGGAGUAUCAAGGAGAUGAACGGAUACGACAGGAUAGUUCGGGCCUUGCUCCCGAGAAGCCAAUUGCUCGCUGCAUUGAACGGACAUCCGAGGUCAUCAUGGCCGACAAUGCGAAGCAGGGCGCCGACCUGGAAAAGCAGAUGACAUUGGGUCGAGCCCUCAAACUUUAUCCCAAGGCUGUGUUCUGGUCGAUCGUUCUAUCGACUGCCUUGGUGAUGGAAGGUUAUGAUACCCUUCUGAUAGCCAACUUCUAUGCGUUACCCAGAUUCAGCGAGAAAUAUGGCACCUUAGAUACGGGAACUGGAGAAUACAAAGUAUCAGCUCCAUGGCGCUCUGGUUUGUCCGAUGGUGCUGCCGUCGGUGAAAUCAUUGGACUUUUCUUGACCGGUUACAUUUCGGAGCGCAUCGGUUAUCGCAAGACAAUUCUCGGGGCUUUGAUCACGAUCACCGGAUUCAUCUUCAUUGUUUUCUUUGCUGUGGACGUCAAGAUGCUUCUAAUUGGUGAGAUACUUUGUGGUUUGCCGUGGGGUGUGUUCCAAACAAUUACGACUGCGUAUGCUUCCGAGGUGUGCCCGGUUAGUCUGAGGGCAUACUUAACGACUUACAACAAUUUGUGCUGGGUUAUCGGUCAUUUUAUCGCCUCUGGAGUACUCCGUGGAAUGGUCGACAACACUACGGCCGACGCCUAUCGUAUUCCCUUUGGAAUCCAGUGGAUAUGGCCACCAAUCCUCAUUGUCGGUGUUUAUUUCGCACCCGAGUCCCCUUGGUGGUUGAUUCGUAAGGGUCGGGUGGAAGAGGCCAAACGUUCAUUGUUGAGGCUCACAACUACAAAUGAUCCGGAAUUUGACGUCGACAAAACCCUCGCGAUGAUGCAGCACACGAAUCAACUGGAACAGGAGAUCUCUUCCGGUACCAGUUAUCUUGACUGCUUCAAAGGAGUGGAUCUUCGCCGAACUGAGAUCUGUACCGCUGCUUGGGUGGCCCAAAGUAUCUGCGGGUCAACGUUCAUAGGCUACUCAACCACUUUUUUCGAACAAGCUGGACUUCCUACCGUGGACGCCUUCGAUAUGUCAAUAGCACAAUACGCCAUCGCAGGGAUUGGCACCAUUCUGUCAUGGUGGGUCAUGACUUACGUUGGCCGGCGGAGAAUUUACCUCUUUGGAACAGCGACAAUGUGUAUUAUUCUUUUCAUUGUCGGCAUGCUCGGCAUUGCCCCCGCAAGCAACAAGGCGGGAUCAUGGGCUAUCGGCUCAAUGAUUCUCGUUUUUGCCUUUGUAUACGACUCUACGGUUGGCCCCGUAUGCUACUCUCUCGUUGCUGAGAUGUCGUCUACAAGACUACGAGCUAAGACGAUCGUCAUUGCGCGCAACUUUUACAACAUAGCAGGGCUUGUUACAAACGUCCUUAUAAACUAUCAACUAACUUCCACCGCGUGGAAUUGGGGCGCAAAGGCCGCUUUUUUCUGGCUUGGAUUGUGCUUCUUAUGUUUUGUUUGGUCUUUUUUCCGAUUGCCUGAGCCAAAGGGCAGAAGCUACAGUGAACUCGACAUUCUUUUCGAUCAAAGGGUUCCUGCGCGCCAGUUCAAACACACAAAAGUUGAUCCUUUCCAGGCGAAGCAAGUUUCGGUUAUCGAAAGCAAGGCAAAUGGGAAUAUGGAUGUUGUUUGA